UCUAGGCGACGUUCAUGGUGUCCGCAGUCGGAAAUUGUUUCUGCGAUACGCAAUAGCUUUUUGGCCUUCACAUUGUGAAAAGAUACCCGAGAAUAGGACGGCUAGCUCCCUGGGCUCACUUAUGGCGGUAAUGAUGAACGAUAAGUUAAAUAACUGGGCUUCAUUCGCCAGUAAAAUAUCCCGCAAGUACGUUGAGUCUGAAAUGGAAUCCAACAGAUUAAUAGGCGUGCCAGCAAGAAACCCAUAUUCCUAUGUUGUUUGCGCGUGGGGGUUUGUGGAAUUCUUCAAUGACACUGUUCGAGGGGCUAAGGGGUUCGAGAAGCCACAAAUCUUUUUAGACACCCACUUGGAGCUCGCAAGCUUCCACGGACAUGUGAAACUUGUUCGACGACUAAUAGAAGCCGGACCAGGAAAGGAGAUUCAACAGGUCAGCACCGCGGCCCUUUUAGACGCGUGCAAAGAGGGCCACUACCGAAUUGCUGAGUUGCUCCUCGGCGCCGGGGCUGAUCCCAGCCCUGCAUUAACCUCAAAUUUCACCGGAGACUUCGACCAUAUUGUACGACUCCUGAUCGACCUCGGAGCAGUGAUCAAUCCUCAAGAACCCAGUCUUAUCAUUGGUACACCUCUUCAGCUAGCCUCCAUGAACGGACAUCUCAAGACCGCACAAGUUCUAGUCAAUAGCGGAGCCGAGAUAAACAUUCCAGGUCGGUUAUACGGCAAUGCACUUCAACGAGCCAGCCAGAAUGGCCACGAGGAUGUGGUACGGCUUCUAUUAGACCAUGAUGCAGACGUCAAUUUCGGAAACGGGAUACUCGUCUCACCACUCCUGGCAGCUGCUCACGGCGGCCGGCACGAGAUAAUCCGACUAUUGUUAGAGCGAGGAACUGACCCUAACCAUUUCUCAGGCCUCCUAGGAAGCCCCUUGGAGUGGGUAUCAUCGUCGAACCUGGAACUGGUGGAGUUACUGAUAAAGCACGGCGCAAACGCCAACGGGCCAAGGCCUCAAUACGGUACUCCUCUCGAGAAUGCAGCUGCAAAUGGUCAACUCGAAAUCGUGCGAGUGCUGUUGGACUCGGGUGCGGUUAUCAAUUCUCAGGACGGUAAGAAAGAUACUGCUCUGGUAUCAGCUGCUCGAAAGGGCUACUAUGAUGUUGUGCAGCUGCUGUUGGAAAGAGGAGUGGAUGUUGAGAAGCAAGGGCCUCGGGCAUGUUGGAAGGCAUCAAAACAUAGUCAUACGGGUAUUGUUGAGCUGUUGAUGGGGCACGGGGCGCAGAUGCCUGAUAAUCAGGAUGGAUUUAGUAGUAACUCUGAACAAUCCGAUGAGGAUAAUGAAGAAGAUGAGUACGAUGAUGAUGACGGCGACGAAGAUGAAGACGAGGAAUAGAAGAAAGAGAAGAAGACCUAGAAAGUAUCAACCGAAUUGCCUAAGGAAGAAAACAAGUACGAGGCAGGGCCCCAAUAGCGCUCUCACUGUGACGGUCUAGCGAGGUGCAGCCUCAGUCAACCGUCAGGUGACCAUAGGUGUUUGCCUGCAUAAUAACAAAACACCAAAAAACCUCACGUAAUUUAGUCUUUUUCUAUCUCUGCUGAAGACUGACAAUAGGGCUUGAGUUGUAUCACGUGACGCGAAAUGCCCAAUAAGGAUAUCACCUUCGAAACAGAUACGGCAUUCUGAUAGGUUGGAUAACAAUUGCGAUGGGUCGCAAGAAUCAGUCAAUGGCUGCAUUCUAUAUCUAACUAGCGCGAGGGCUGCACCGCCUCUAGCGUGCGAUGCCUGAAUGGAACAAAUUAGAAAUGGAAAAGGUGACCCAAAAUCGAGCCCCGAGGCGCUAGUAGUACAAGAUCCACGUGACGUUUUCAGCUGCAUGGUAUCUUACCUUCAU